AAUACGCUGGAUAACAGCGAAAACGCAAAAAAUCCCAAAAGUCUCGAUCUUCGUGAUCUACCAAAGCUCACCCAUUUGCAGGUGGUAUCGCUACCUCCACCACGAUAAUAUAGGCAUCAAUUCAUGCCAGAGAUUUCAAGAUAAUUCUUUCUGGGCUAUUUGCUCACGCCGCCGACUGUUUGCUCCGUAUAAGCUUGCGAGGUUAAACCAUCCUCGCCCAACGUCUACUCACACGGAGUGGCUUCCGAUUGCACUGCCAGUAAAUAGGCCGUGAUGGCGACAACGAUGGAAAAUCCUUAUAUCUUAGCUGAUCUACCACAUCCUUUGGGCUCAGCGGGCAACCGAAUCCUUGCCACCAGUGUUACUGUGGGUGAUGGAUCCAGGAAGAGAAAACGGGCAGAGCUAGCUGUGGGAAUUGACGGAGAGGGCCUCAACAUCUAUCAGGUGCAACCGUCGAAACUCCUCACUUCCUAUGCCUUGUCCCCACAGACAUCAUUAACUUGCGCUCCCUGCUCUACGCGUUAUUCGGCCACAACCUCCUCAGCUGCCCGCAGAUUUACAUAUGCCUCCACGUUAGAUCCCAAGCCGCGAGUGACCUGCUUCUUCGAGACUGCCGAGACAAAGCCUAAUUCGUCCUCCACCUCCGCUGUCGCCUACUCGACGGCGAGCUUUGCCAUUUCUACAGACUUGAGUCCGAUAGUGCAUCUGGAGGUUGUAUCCGCCGUUCCGGAUGAUUUAUCUUCGGAGAUACGCCAUGAUUUACUUGUGAUACAUGAGCACGGAGAGAUGGAGGUUUUGUCGGGAGAUUUGAAAAGCCAAAGGUGGAGUAGGCCAACGAAUGCCCUGUUCGCGGCAGAGAGAUCGUCAUCAAACUCCCACCAAGUCGAACAAUUGCGCGUCGAGUAUGCCUUCCUCACGGAUGCAAAUACCGCGUGCAAAGGGUUACUCAGAGGGAGAGAGGAUGUGAUCGCAUUGCUAAACUCUGCUGUCGAACUACCGGAAAGAGACAGAGCUUCCGUCUCUGUACUGAUCUUGGUUACACGGCCUGCAGACGAUGCUCUGCUAGCCGAGCAAGGUAGAUCUGUGCACAUUGUAUCUAUCCGUGCGUCGUCCAACAAAGGCACACUGGCUAUGACGGGAGCGGGGCAUUGUCUCCUUCAAUACGCGCUCCCUAGACCGCACGGUGACCGGAUGAUACUGAGGGAACCGCAAUUCUCAUUCCAUGCGGGCACAGGGACAAUGUAUUUCCUAUCUGGGGGUCAACUAACCAUUUAUGACCUCUCAGGUACAGUCCCUCGCGUGUCAACCCAGCUGCAGCUUGACGAUUCCAAAAUGAGCUCGUUUUUGCGAUUGUCACCAACCUUGGGCAUGGCGGUUUCACAAAGAGCCGUGACUGUCUAUGACCUCAAGUACCAGUCGGUACAGGGUACAGUUGCCCUUGGGGAGGAUUUGCUGGGCGCAUCGGAAAGCAAGAAGGCAGGUUCUGCUGGACAGAAACGAGCGAAGGUGUCUGUCAAGCUUCUAGCAUAUGAUUCCAAUAUCGAUCUAGUUGUUGGACUUGCCGGGACCAGACUGGUCGGCUUCCCUGUGGUUGUGGGAGGUAAUGAUACGCCUGGAACUCGCAAGCGUCGACGGGAAUGCUCCCUGAUUGACUCGAUCGGUCGAGGAAUUAAGUCGUCCAAACGACUGCACGGCUCGUCCUCAAACAAUGCACUGCCAAGGUCGCUCGGCGAAUUGCUCCCUGUCAUGGCCGGAGAUCCGGCUUGGAGGCAGCGGCAAGCAGAUUUGAACCGCUGUGUGGAGGACAACGAUGUUGAACAGUUUGAGCAUAUCCUUGCUGACCAUCUUGGUAUUACCAUCAAGGAAAGUGGGGCUCACAAAGAGGGCCAAGCCAAGAAUCUGCCAGAGUGGGAUCUUUCCGGGACUCGGAUAGCUCGUCACGCCGCGCAAAUCGCGGAGAUUCGAUUCUCCUUACGAAAAAUGUUUGCUAUCAGCGACGAGCCGAGUUCCCAAAGCGUUGAUGGUCAUCUGGAAAAUCAGCGCGAGAGUACUGGACCGAGACUACGGAUCGCCUUCUACGCGCCCAACGUAGCCAAUUGGCUUAUCCAGACUGGCAGCCUCUCACGAGCAAACGUAGAGUCUGCUCUCCAAGAAGCGCCUUCCAUGUCCUUCCAGAGAUCCUCUUCGAUAACCUCUGGCCAAUUUAUCGACUCUCUCGUUGAAUUCGAUCCCGAACUUCACCUUCUCCUGGCCGUUUUGCUCAGUCCUACUAUUCUCGAAGUUAAGGACAUUGUGCACGUUAUCCGGCAUAUUCUACGCAGUCUACAGUUCCCUGAGGUCCAGAAGAAGCCUCUCCAACUAACGGAUGGUUCUCACGAGGAUACCCAAGAAGAGCAACUUGAUCUUGCCAUCCAGGAUGCGCAAGAUGAUGCUGAAGACGAUCUCAGGCUCGCUUUUUCCACACUCGAAACAGGCUCCAACGUCCGCGAACACGCGCUGUCUGUUUCGCUCCGGAAACUAUGCCAAUUUCCUGCCGCAACAACAACGCGGGCAUUGAAGUCGGAGCUCGCUGCUGAUGAGCUUCUCUCCUUUAUUCACCUUCUUCGAUUCGAGUUGGCCACUGGCGGUUGGACCUCGCGCUAUGUCGACAGCUUUGACGAAGAUGACCCCAUGAACGGGGGCAGCGGAGAACAACCCGCAAAUACUGCUUCAGAUCGCGGCGUCGGCCUCAUCUGUGGCCUUCUCAACUGCGCCCUCGAUGCCGUUGGUACUGUCGGUUGGAUCCACUCCGCAUCCUUGACAGGCACUUCUGCCGAAAGCGCCAACGACCCCAACAGCACCCAGAAUCUCGUCACCUUCCUCAAGGCCGAAGUCUCUGCCGCGCUCGAGGGCAUCGAGGAAGCAAGCUACCUCGGCGGCUUGCUGACAGAGGUGCUCCGCUACGGCAAGUCUAUGGCCGAUGCCACAGCUGUCCCUGCGUCGUCCAAGCAACAGCAGCGAAUCAGUGCGUCUACUUCCCACGGUGGUCCUCCCGCAACCCCUGGUCCUCAGAAGUCGCUUCCUCCUGGAGCUGGAGCUCUUUCUACCCCUGCCGCCGCCGCCGCAUUUACCACGCCCAGGAUUGAUGCUCCUCUUGCUACGCCCGCCAGCGCAUUCACUCGGUCUACGCCCUACAAGGCGUCAAUUGGUGCUGUCGCUCCCGGCACCAUCACUACUAUUCCCGUCGGCGGCUACACUGAUGAUACCAAUUCCAAGGUUCUCCCGCUCGGACUCAAGGCCGAACAGACCAUUUCCAAGACCAAGGUCGGCGCUGGUGGCGAAGUCAUGCGGCGGUCUGCCAGAGAUAUUGGUCGCCUAAAGAGUAUGAAGGUUGGCAAAUACAGUUUCGAAAAGAUUGUGGUUUAGAUGUAAUUCUCUACGGUUGGGAUUUUGUAUUCUGUACAUAUAUGGGGUGUCAUCAUCAUAUUUCCUCUUUUUUGGUAUAUAUUUUGUUUGAGCGUCGGGAGAAAAAAGUUCAAGGAGGGUUUGUCACUAAAUCAUUUGGUCGCAUUUUUAGACACUGGCAGUUUCUCUCGUUGCCGGUAUGUUCUUAGCAUAAGCUUGCCACAUGUAGCAUAGCUUGCGCAUAUAUCCGUAUUACAUUUUUUUUUCAUGCCAUAUUUAUACAAUAGGAUGCCGAGAAUAUAUGUAUUUGAUAUAUGUUGAAACACCAGGAAAAAGAAAAUGGGUAUCGCGCUACUUAACUUUUUCUCCCCCUAUUUUACAUCAUUUUUACUUCUGCGCAGAUCCUUCAACCCGCAACCGCAUUCAC